AUGGUUCUUCACAACCCCAACAACUGGCACUGGGUGAACAAGGACGCCUCUGGCUGGGCCAAGGCCUACCUUAAAGAGCACCUCUGUGUCCUCUCCGUGGAGGAAAAUGGAGCCUCCGCCAAGAUUUCCUCACUGCUGACCAUGGAUGGCGAUGUAGACGUCAGUCAGAGAAAGGGCAAGGUCAUCACCCUUUUCGAUGUCAAAGUACAACUGGAGUAUGAAGGUAAGACUAAGGACGAGGAGUCCGUUAGUGGAACUAUUACCAUCCCCGAGGUUGCCCACGACACCGAGGAAGAUGAGUACGUCUUCGACAUUGAGAACCACUCGGAUUCUUCUUCCAAGCAGCCCGUGAAGGAUUUGGUCCGCUCCAAGCUCGUUCCCCAACUCAGACAGGAAUUGGCCAAGCUUGCUCCUGCCCUGAUCGCUGAGCACGGCAAGGAUCUCCAGCAUGCCCCCGGGGUCAACCCUUCUAGCGGCUUCACUGCCCCCAAGUACCACCCUCAGACCAAGAAUGAGUCCCCCGCUCCUCAGACCACUACCACUACCACCACGGACAAGGUCGCGGUCAACACUACUACCGUGACCGGCUCGGACGAGUUCCGCACCACGGCCGAAGAGCUCUACAACACCUUUACUGACCCCCAGCGCAUUGCUGCGUUCACCCGCGGAGCCCCCCGUCAGUUUGACGGCGCUCACGUUGGUGGAAAGUUCGCUAUCUUCGAUGGCAACGUCAACGGCGAGUACGUUAAGCUCGAGGCUCCUACCUUGAUCGUGCAGAAGUGGCGCUUGGCCCAGUGGCCCGCCGGCCACUUCAGCACGCUGGAGAUCAAGUUCGACCAGAACGAUGUCGACGGCGUGACUCAGAUGCGCGUGACCUGGACCGGUGUUCCUAUCGGCCAGGAGGAUGUCACCAAACAGAACUGGGACAUGUACUACGUCCGGAGCAUCAAACAGACUUUCGGGUUUGGCACUAUUCUCUGA